CGCUUCUUCUUUCUCAUGGCUGCUCCCCACCCCCACCCCCGGGGCCCGAGGGUCUCCCCUGCCCUCCUCCCGGCCUCCCCGUCCGAAGUCUCUUCUCCAGACCCCAGGCCUUCCAACCAGAAGGGCCGCCCCGGCAAAGGGUCAGCACGCCGCACCGUGUCCCAGAAACGCAACAGGGCCAUCACGGCCCGCAGGCAACACCUGAAGAGCGUCAUGCUGCAGAUCGCGGCCACGGAGCUGGAGAAGGAGGAGGGCCGCCGGGAGGCGGAGAAGCAGAACUACCUGUCGGAGCACUGCCCGCCGCUGCAUCUCCCCGGCUCCAUGUCCGAAGUGCAGGAGCUCUGCAGACAGCUGCACGCCAAGAUUGACGCGGCUGAGGAGGAGAAGUACGACAUGGAGGUGAAGGUGCAGAAGAGCACCAAGGAGCUGGAGGACAUGAACCAGAAGCUGUUCGACCUGCGGGGCAAGUUCAAGAGGCCCCCACUGCGCCGCGUGCGCAUGUCGGCCGACGCCAUGCUGAAGGCUCUGCUGGGCUCCAAACACAAAGUGUGCAUGGACCUGCGGGCCAACCUCAAGCAGGUCAAGAAGGAGGACACGGAGAAGGAGCGAGACCUGCGGGACGUGGGUGACUGGAGGAAGAACAUCGAGGAGAAGUCGGGCAUGGAGGGCCGCAAGAAGAUGUUCGAGACCGAGUCCUAGGCCCCUCACCCCCGGCCACCGCCCAGCGCCCCUGCAACCUCGGGGGGCCCCCCGAGGCCGGCUUGGCACCUGUCAAUAAAGGA